AUGGUGACGGUCGUCAUCAAGAACCCCUCCGCGUCGUCGCCCGGCGAUUUCAAGACGCGAGUGCGAGCGGCGGGCACGGUGGGCGACGUGAAGCGACAGCUGCAGGAGGAGUACGCGGGGAACCCCGACCCCGCGCGACAGAAGCUGAUCGUCGCCGGCCAGCUCGUGAAAGACUCUCUCCUCGUCCGCGACGUAUUUAAACAGAAGAACCUGAGCGAGCCCCAGGUGAUGCACCUCGUCGUCUCUUCCGCCCCCCCGGGCACCUCCUCCGCGCCCUCCUCCGCGCCCUCGUCCGCGCCGUCCACGACCCACUCCAGUCGCUCCGUCUCCCCCACGCCCUCCUCCUCUGCGCGCGCUAAUUCGCGCGCCACUCUCCCUGCCUCCAACCUCGCGCUUACUCCUUUCCCUGCCGCGCCUGCGCCAAUCCCUGCGCCCGCCGCCGCCGCAGGCGCUGCCCCGGGGUCCGGGCAGGCGCGCACAGUGGAGGCGGGCGCUCCAGCUCUACUCGGCGCGCUGCAGCACAGCGCGCCCACGGGGGUGCCGCCGCUUCCCUUCAUGGCGCCGCCACUGCCGGGCCUGCCGCCGCCAUACUCGCCGUUCAUGCUGCCGCCCUUCAUGCCGCCUCCCGACUCUCCCCUGCCUGCACCUGCUCUCUACCCCCCUCUGCUGCCCUCCCCUCUGCUGCCCCUCUCCAUGCCUCCCAUGCCUUUCCCCUUCGCUUUCCCUUUCUCCUGGCCCUCCCCUCCGCCCCUGCCCAUGCUGGGUGAUCCCCUCGCACCCAUGGCCUUCGCGCCUCCCAUGCCUCCCUUCGCCUUCCCACCCGCCAUGCCUCCUCCGCACCCAUUCGCCAGCAACAGCAACAGCCCGGCCCCCUGUGUUGGCGCGCCUGCACACACCCACCCGCACCACCCACCGGCUGUGGGCCUCGCACCACCGCCGCUCGCACCAGCAGCAGCGGCGGCGGCACCUUUGCCUCAGCCAGGGGCAGCACAGGCCCAUUCCGCCGCCCCUGUUGCUGCCCCUGCUGCAGCGGCAGGUGUGGUGGGGGAGGAGGCGGCAGCAGCGGGGGCAGUGCAGCAGCACAUGAGGCAGGCGGGGGUGCAAGGGGGGGGGGGUAGGGCGGCAGGGGAUGCAGCAGCACAUGUGGGGGUGGGGGGGGCGGCAGUGGUGGAGGGCGGCCCUAGAGUGCGGCGCAUUCAGUUUGCGAUCCGCAUCGACCUCAUGCUGCUGCUCAAGCUCACGCUGCUCGUCUAUGUCUUCGGCCAGGGCGGGGGCUACCGCCGCUUCACCGCCCUCAUCGCUGCUGCUCUCUUCAUCUACCUGUACCAAGCGGGGGUGUUGGCGCCGCUGCUGCGGUGGCUCUCCCACCGCGCGCAGGCCGCCAUGGGCCUGCCGCCGCAACCCCCCCACGCCGCUGCUGCCCCCAACGCUGCAGCGCCACCCCAGGCUGGGGCUGCUGCUGCAGGGGGUGGGGGAGGGGCGCCAGGGGCGGAGGGAGGUGUCGGCGGGGCGGCUGGUGGUGAGCAGGGCCAAGCAGCUGCUCAAGCCUUGCAGCAGCAGCCACCACAGCAGGGAGUGCAGCAGCAGCAGCAGCAGCAGCAGCUGAGGCGGGGGUGGUUACAGGAGGUGCAGGUGUUUGUGGUGGGUUUCCUCACAUCGCUGCUGCCUGGCUUCCAGCCGCCUGACCAUCUGCCCGCCGCCCUGCCACCCCAGGGCGAUCCGCUCUCAAGUCGGCACGGCACGCGGCGAUCCCUAGAGACCCAAACUCCUCACUUCUUCCAAUCCCCGCCCACGGGCGCGGCAGCGACGGUCCGCGCGCCGGUCGUGACAGCUAUCAUGGCGUCCACCCACCCAGACGCAGCUGACUCCCAAUCAGACGGCUCAGAUUCUCCAAUUCUCGUGGAGCGACCGGGUCCGUCCGAUGUGACUACGGCAGGCGAACUGGCAGACAGGGAGGUCGCAGGGGGCGCAGCCGCUGGCGGGGCGGAGACGAUGGCGGACGACUCGUCCGCGGGACCACCAUGCAACGAUGGCGCGCCCGGCGAUGCGCGCAAGGAACGCGCAGAGACCCCAGGGCAGGAAGAGGCGGCAUCCGCAGCGGCGCCGAUGGCGCCGUCGAAGGCGCAGGGGCGAGAGAGCGGCGCGGCGGGCGGGUCGGGGCAGGGCGAGGUGGCGGCGGCUGUGGGGCAGGUGGCGGCGGGCGUGGCGGCGGGCGUGGCGGGGCUCGCGAGCAGCGCGGGCGCUGAGGCAGCCGCCGUCGUGAGCAGCCUGGGCGAGCGGGUGAGCGACGGGGUGGGGGCUAAGGGGCGAGCGGAUGAGGGGCGAGCGGAUGAGGGGCGAGCGGAUGAGGGGCGAGCGGAUGAGGGGCGAGCGGGUGAGGGGCGAGCGGAUGAGGGGCGAGCGGUGUGUUUGACUCCGCCAUCGCCUACCCCUCCGACAACCCCACUGCCCCCGCCUCCACCGUGGGUGGCAACACUGCAGCGCAGGCAGAGCCGCUCAAGGCCAGCGGGGGUGGUGAUGGCAGGGGGGCGGGGGGGCGCGGAGGAGGAGGGGCAGGCAGGGGGGGAAGGCGGUGUGCGGUCGCCGCACCCGUCGCGAGCCAUCGACCUGCAGGCCAUCUUUGGGCUGCCCACCCAUGAGACCCUGCUGGAAGCCUUCCCAUGUCGGCUGCUGCAGCUCUACCGCCCGGUGCACAACACAUUCACGCCGGACAUGCGGAGGGCCUUCAGAGGCACGCUCUACAUCACCCACCAGCACGUCUGCCUCUGCCUCGACGACAGUGGCCGCCGCAUCCCCAUCAAGCUGGAGGCGGGGGAGGUGGCGGGAGUGGGGAAGCAGGUGGCCAGGCGGGGAGAUACCAGCGACCAACUCAAGAUCGACCUGCACGGGGUGCACAACUCCGUGGGUGCUCUCCUCUCUCCCCCUCUUCCCUUCACCACGUCUCCCCUUCACCACCUCUCCCCUUCACCACCUCUCCCCUUCACCAUCUCUCCCCCUCACGCCUCACCACCUCUCCCCCUCACGCCUCACCACCUCUUCUCCUCUCUUCUCCCUCGUCUCUCGGUCUCCCCGUCACCACCUCUCCCCCGUCACCACCUCUCCCCCGUCACCACCUCUCCCCCGUCACCACCUCUCCCCCGUCACCACCUCUCCCCCGUCACCACCUCUCCCCCGUCACCACCUCUCCCCCGUCACCACCUCUCCCCCGUCACCACCUCUCCCCCGUCACCACCUCUCCCCCGUCACCACCUCUCCCCCGUCACCACCUCUCCCCCGUCACCACCUCUCCCCCGUCACCACCUCUCCCCCGUCCUCCCCUCGCCCCUGCGCCCCCACCGCAGCUACUGCUGCAGGACUUCGCCUCCCCCGACGCGCUGGACAGUGCUCUCGCUCUCCUCGAACACAUCACCUCCUGAUGCCGCCCCGCACCACACUGCACCACUUGUCCCCCACAUCUUGCGGCCCCAGUUAUGCUGCCCUGCCCCGCCUCAUGCCGCCCGACCUCAGCCCUUUACAGAGUAA